AUGCCUUCGCCGAAUGGAAACAAAUCGGCACCUCCGGCCGGUGGCCUGUCGGAGGAAGCGCAGGCGGCCAUUUCGGUGAUCCGGGCAUUGGUUGCCUCGCGCAAGGAAACCUCCAACGUGCUGAGCGUAAUGCGGGACUAUCGCCAGCUCGAGGGUGAAUCGCUACCGUACCGCCGGUUUGGGUUUUCCACCGUCGAGGACUUCCUGCUCGCGAGCCGCGAGUUCGUGAUCAAAGCGAACGGGGGCGAGGCGACGCGUAUCUACAUCAAACCGAACCGCGAUUCGGCCCACAUCCAGGAGAUGGUGGCCGCCCAAAAGACGAACCGGUCCGGUGGGGGUGGCAGUGGUGGCGGCGGCGGGAAGAAAUCGAACUUCAAGGCGCUACGCCAACCGACCGCACCGGCCCUAAACGGGAAGGGCUUUAAAGGUCCGAUGACGACGGCGUACAGCCGGAUUUAUCAGCAGAUUCCGAAUAGUGGACGGAACAACAGCACCGCACCGAGCCCUAAGAAGGUGAGCUUUGGUGGGGCGCAACAGUUGACCCCGUCUAAGGCGGGACAAUCGCGAGCGAUCACGAAAAGCAAACCGGGGGCAUCCCCAAACCGGGGCUCUAAUUCGUCCUCGCCGGAAGCGAACAACAACAGCCGGGCGACGAAAAAUUUGAAUGGACAACAGCAAAAGCAGCAGCAGAAACAGCAAUCCCAACAGGUCCAGCUUGCGUCCAACGAUUUACGGCACCGGUUGACCGCACGAGGCAGCACACUUAGCCGAUCGUCGGUUGAAAUGCGCCAACCCGGUAAAGCUCUACCGACGGUUUCGUCCACCUCCGUAGCAUCGCACCGUUCGGGUGGUGGAACAACCGUCGCACGAAAGUUGGCCUUCAACGGGGAAAAUACGCCGACAUCGGUGGCCAAUUCUCAAGCAACCUCAAACGCGAAGGGAUCCUCCCAUGCGAAGGAAUCAACGCAACGAAACGGCACACCGUCAAGCGGUGCGAAUAAUCGACCGAAGGGUGGUGGUGCCGUUGUGGCCGGUUCCGGUCGAGUAGUUCCUCCGGCUAUGGUCAUUCCCCACACCGUGCCACCGUUGCCGCUGAUGUCGAUUACAGUCUCCAUGCCGACGACGAUGACGAAAAGCGUAAACUCAAGACUGAACGUAGCGAAGGCUGAUCUGCCGACGAGCGCCAAACCGAUGCCAACGGUUCCUGUGCCGGCACCGGCCGUACCAAACACGUACCAGCGGGCGCAAUCUCUCGAUGAACGGACGAGCGUAUCCUCUAAGCCGUAUGCGCGGGGAGGAAUAGCGAAUCCUCCAGCAAAUACGCCGGCCCUGUUGGAUGGAGUCGCUCCGAAACCGCUGCCAACCUUACUGGGCAAGAAAUCGCUUCAGGAUCGGCUAAAGCUGAACCAGGAGGUGGAAGACAAUGAUUCGCAGGACACGUCAGUAGCGGCGGUGGUUUCACCCAACGUUCCUGCCCCGACGCCUAAACCCUUCGAGAGAACGCAAUCGUGUCCUGCACCGAACCGUGUGCCGAUGAAUGGGAACGGAGGAUCUGUGGCGCCAGCACCAGCAACACCGCCGAGUGUUGAUGGACCGUUUAGCUGGGAUGAUACAAAUGCGACACCGGUGGAGCUGUUGAUGCGGUACAGCAUGCAUAAGGGUUACAGUCGCCCUGAGUACGGGUACUACAAGCUGAAGAGUGGACGCUACCAGUGUCUGGUGACGGUGAACGGUUCUACGUACUCGACCUACCCGGAUGAUUACGUUAGCCAGUUCCAGGGACAGUUUGCGGCGGCUCUGAUCGCAAUCGAAGCAGUUCAGCGUGAUGAUUCACGCCAGCUGUAUACGGUGUGUCUUGAUACGGAUCGUGAGAUUGCGGAACACAUCUACGAGCUGCUGUCGAACUGUCCGCACGGUAUGUUUAGUAAGAAAAUCCCGGAUGCGUUCCAGGAGACGCACCGGGCGCUGCUGCCGGAUCAUUGGUUCGGGAUCAUCGAUCAGUACGCGAAUCAGAUGUUUGUGCUGGAGGACGGACCGCGUGAUUCGAUUGUGUUCGCACGUGAGCAACCUUCUGGUUCGGAUAUCGCGUCCAACACGUCCGAGGCGCGCCAGAUGUCCAUGAAUCAGCUCACGCUGCCGUGGGACGAGCAGUACUGGAAUUUGUACGUCACCAAUCCGGUUUCGACGGUGGAGGUUUGGGCGCGACUUGUCGGAAAGGAGUACAGCGACAAGAUGGAUUCCCUCAUCACCGACAUCGAAAUGUCGAUGAUGACCAACCAGACGAAGGCUAAAAAGGAUGUGGUGGCUGCGGUUGGUGAGUACUACCUCGUCUCGAUCAGUGACUGCUGGUUCCGGGUGCGUGUGGUUGAGGUCAACUACGAGUCGAACCAAUGCCAGUGUUUCUUCAUCGACAUUGGCGACAACGAGGAGAUCGGACUCGAUCAACUCCAUCGGUGUGAUCCGCAGUACCUGGAGCUACCUGCUCAGGCGCUUUGCUUCACACUCGAAGGGCUGGAGGAUUUUAGCGAGAACCCAAUCUCGAAGCACAUCCUUGAGCAGCGCAUCAACCACCGCGUGUUGAUCGGAUCGAUCCUUACCAAGCGGGACGAGUACGAGAAGGCCGAACAGAGCGCCGGAAUCGGUUCGAGCUCGCUGAAGGUGGUGCUGUACGACACCUCGACGGCGGAGGACGAGAUCGUGAACCCGAUCCUGCUGCAGAAGAUCUGCAAGAGCAUGCCGGUACCGGAGCUGAAUCGAAAGUCGGUGAACUAUGUUAGCAUUACGUACGUGGACGAUCAGGGUGAUGUGUACUGCCAGCUGGAUGGGUCGAUGAACUACAUUCAGAAACUUAUCACCAACCUGACGCAGUCGGAUGCCCUCGAGGACACGCACCGGGGUCUGUACAACUCAAAAGCAGCGCCUCAACAGCAACUGUACCUCGUGCAGGACGAAACAGACCGCAAAUGGUACCGGGCCACACUGGAUGCCGAAGAAUCCGGUCCGUACUGCCGCAUGCUGUACGUGGACAUCGGAUGGCGCCGUCGUGCCAACGUGCAGAACAUUUACCGGCUCGAUUCGCUCAGCCUCGGUCUACGCAGCUAUCCACCGCAGGCGAUCCGGAUGCGCAUGUACGAGCUACCGAGCUGCAACGAUCCGCAGAUCCUGGCGCGGCUACGUGCCUUCCUAAAGCCGGCCGUACCCGCGAUGGCAAAGGUGUUCUCGAUGUCCUCCGCCACGCUGGCCCUGGUGAAGCUGUACGUGCACGUCUCAGACCGCGAGGCGGGUAACAACAUACUCGUGUGCGUGAACGAAGCGAUCAAGAUCGAGAAGGAGCUCGAGAUGGGCUCGGAACGGGUUAGCGUGCCACAGCGUAUCAGUUUCGAUGAUGAUUUGAACUCAUCCGCCGAUCUGUCCGGUUCGGAUACGACCACAAGCUUAUCGAUGUCGACCGGUGGAAGCUACUCGUUGAGCAGCAGCGAUGGAAAGGAUCUCGCGAACCGCUUCGAUGCUCUGCACCUGAAGCUGCAAGAUUCGAAGAAACCGUCACCGGUCGUCUCACCGACACCGGGAACGAAGGCGAUCGCAAAGCUCGCCAAGCUAACGGUUCCUCCCGUGGGCCAGCUGUUCAACGUGAAGGUGACGAUCGCCAACAAUCCGCAGUUUUUCUUCGUUCAACCGCACGCGUACCUGCAGCAACUGGAUGAGCUCAUGAGCGAACUGCAGGACUUUUGCAUGACAAAAGCCCUCCCGGUUCGCAAGGAUCAGGUCCGGCAGGGUGAGGCUUAUGCCGCCCUCAACAAUCUCGGCCACUGGUACCGCGCCAUCGUGGAGAACAUUAAUCCGUUCGGACCGACACCCAUCCACGCGCAUUUCUGUGAUUUUGGACAGUUCCAGCAGCUGGAUGUUGGUGCGCUGCGCGUCCUACCACCGAAGUUUCGCGUGCUUCCCCAGCAGGCCAUUAAAGCAAAGCUUUACGGCGUUAAACCGCUACACAACGUCUGGAAAAUCUCGGAUGCGAUGCGCUUCAAGGAACUAACGGUCAACGGUAUGUUCGCGAGCGUCGUGCGCAGCAUUCAGCCGGACGAACUUAACCCGCAGGAGCAGCUGAUCGAGCUGGAGCUGAUUGACGUGUCCUCGGAGGAUGAUGUCUACGUUCACAAGACGCUCGUUGAGGAGGGACGUGCCGUCUAUACUGCUGCGGCACACACCGUUUAA